AUGAUUAAUUUUUUUUUAUCAUUAUUAUUGUUUGUUCUAUUUUUUGAAAAUCUUGUAGUGUCUAUAAAAUAUAGAAAUAUUCAUUAUAUACACAUGCCUAACAAUGCUCAUAAUAAAAACUUUAAUGAAAAAGAAAACAGAGAAAUAUAUCAUAAUGUAAAUAUAUCAGGAGUUAAUACAAUAUAUGAAGAACAUAAAAAUAAAUAUAUUACUUUGUUUUUAUCUAAUGGAAAAAAAAUCCUACAUUCCAUUUUUCGAAGUAAUAAUAAUAAUAAUAAUAAUAAUAUAACCAAAUGUAAUGAAAAUACAGGGAAUCAUUCAAACAACAACUUGAAAAAUAAUGCUGAGAACAAUACUAAGAACAAUUCUAAGAAUUAUUCUAGGGGUUCCUCAUCGUGCUUAAAUAUACAAAAUGUGUCCAAUAUAUAUUAUGAUAAGAAGAGAAUUAAAAAGGACACUAUGAAUAAGAAGAUUGAGGAAAAUUUUAUAGAUGAUGAAAAUAAUAUUAUUAAUGAUAAAAUACAUUGUGAUGAAAAAGAAGAUUUGAAUCAAGAAAUUCAUGUAGAUGAACAAAAUGAAAAGAAAUCAAACAGCACUUUAAAUAAUGAAAGCUUUAUAAGUAUUAUAUCAAAUGAUAAUUAUGAAAUAAAAAAAGAUGUAGAAGAAAGUUAUCGUUAUCCUAAUAAUUUUUAUCCUAAUUCUUUAGAGGAAAAUAUUAUAUACCCUACCCAACCUUUUGAGAGUGAUUAUAAUGAAAAAUGGAAAUCUGAGGCAGAUGAUAUUCUACAGAAUGAUUCUUACUAUAGUAGUAUGAAUGAUAAUAGUAAUAAAUCUUGUAUAAGCGAUUAUGAGUUAUUAAAAACAUCUAUCUUAUUGAAUUCAAAGGAUGAUUUCCCUCUAUAUGAAAAUUCAAAAAGAAAUAUAUUAACUACAAGUGGUAUAAUAAACAAGAAUAAAAAUUCAAAAGAAAGAAAAAAGAAGAAUUUAAAUAGAUUAUUUUACACUCUAAAGUUAACAAAUAAUUAUUCAUAUAAAAAUAGUAGGAAUAGAAGAAAAUAUGCAAAUAGUUAUAAUAGUGAUUCCUCUAAUGAUUCUGUGUAUGUGAUGGAUAAUAAAGACUAUAUAAUAUAUCAUAACACUACUACACCAAAUAAAAAAAAUAAUCAUAAUAAUAAUAAUAAUAAAAAUAAUAUUUUGGAUAAUAAAAAAACAUAUAAUAGACUAUAUUGUAAAAAUAGUGAUAAUUCGAAUAAAAAUGAUUAUGAUAAAGAUAUUAAUUCACUUAUAUCUGACAAAAUUAAUAGUGAAUGGUUACCCAAAGAUUUAAAAUAUAAUUCAAAAAUAAUUAAUAUGUCUAAUGAUCAUUUUAAUAUUAUUACGUCUGAUGAAAAAGAAAAUAUAAAAAAAAAUGCAUAUAAAAAUUAUGUUAAUUAUAUAAAUGAAAGAAGGCAUGGUUAUUUUGAUUUAUUAGAAAAGAAGAAUGAAAAAAUUAUACGCAAAUUAUUAAUAGCUAAUAAUGGCAUGGCAGCGUUAAAAUGUAUAUUAUCAUUAAAAGAUUGGUUAUUUAAAAAAUUUUAUGAUGAGAAUUUAAUUAAAAUUAUAGUUAUGGCAACUGAUGAAGAUAUUAAAAGUAAUUCCAAAUAUAUCUCCCUAGCAGAUAAAGUGAUAAAAGUUCCAGGAGGUAAAAAUAUUAAUAAUUAUGCAAAUGUUCCUUUAAUAGUCGAGCUAGCCAAAAGUGAGAAUGUCGAUGCUGUAUGGCCAGGAUGGGGACAUAGUUCAGAAAAUCCUUUAUUGUCUACUUUAUUAGAAAAAGAAAAUAUAAUAUUUAUAGGUCCAACAGGUAAUGUUAUGGAAGCUUUAGGAGAUAAAAUAUCUGCGAAUAUAUUAGCUCAAAGUGUUGAAGUACCAGUAGUAAAAUGGAGUGGUGAUAAUAUAAGAAUUGAUAAAUUUGAGAACAAUAAAAUAAAUGACAAAGUAUAUAAUAAUGCUACAAUUCAUUCAUUAGAUGAAUGUAUAAAAGAAUGUAAACGUAUUGGAUUUCCUGUGAUGAUAAAAGCAUCACAAGGUGGUGGUGGGAAAGGUAUUAGAAAAGUGGAAAAUGAAUAUGAAAUAAAAAAAGCAUAUGAACAAGUACAAAAUGAAUUACCUAAUUCUCCUAUAUUUUUGAUGAAAGUUUGUAAUAAUGUAAGACAUAUUGAAAUACAAGUUGUUGGUGAUAUGUAUGGAAAUGUAUGUUCUUUAAGUGGUCGUGAUUGUACUACACAAAGAAGAUUUCAGAAAAUUUUUGAAGAAGGACCACCAUCUGUUGUAUCAUAUCCUAUAUUUCGAGAAAUGGAAAAAUCAUCUAUACGAUUAACUAAAAUGAUUAAAUAUAGAGGUGCUGGAACUAUUGAAUAUUUAUAUGAUCAAAUAAAUAAAAAAUAUUUUUUCUUAGAAUUAAAUCCUAGAUUACAGGUAGAACAUCCAGUUUCUGAAGGUAUAACAAACUGUAAUUUAAUAUCUAUACAGUUACAAGUAGCUAUGGGUAUUCCCCUUCAAAAUAUAGACGAUAUUCGAAAUUUAUAUCAAAUUGGUAACAUAGAAAGAGUGGGAAAAAAUAUAAAAUAUGAUGAACCAAAAAAAAAAGAAUUCGAAUUAACUGAAAAUUUGUGUAAUGAUAAUAUAUGUCAUAUAGAUAAUACAUCAACUGAACAAAAUAAUAACAACUUGUUAAAUUAUAAUAAUUAUAGAAAUAAAAAUGUUUGUAAUAGUGAUUCCAUGAAGUCCGCAUUUAAUUAUAAUUCAGACCAAAAUGUAAAAAAAAUGAAUAAUUUAUUGAAUGAACACUUUGAUUUUUAUAAUAAUAAACCAAAUAUUAAAAAUCACGUUAUUGCUGCAAGGAUUACAGCAGAAAAUAGUAAUGAUAGUUUUAAGCCCACCUCAGGUAAUGUAAGAAGAAUAAAUUUUCAAAACUGGAAAGAUGUGUGGGGAUAUUUUUCUAUUAAUGAUGGUUUUGUACAUGAGUUUUCAGAUUCUCAAAUUGGACAUAUUUUUGCUAAAGGAGAAACAAGAGAAGUAGCAAGAAAAAAUUUAAUUUUAGCAUUAAGAAAGUUACAUAUUGAUGGUGAUAUAAAAACAGGUACAAAAUAUUUAGCAAAGAUAUUAGAAUCUAAAGCAUUUAUUGAUAAUAAUAUUACAACAAAUUGGUUAGAUAUAAUAAUAGAAAAGAAGAAACAUGUAUUUUAUAAUACAUGUCAUAUAAUAUUAUUAUGUGCUACGAUAUUUAAACUAUUAAUAUAUUUUAUGAAUGAGAAGGAAAAUGUGGAAGAAAAUUUGAGUAGAGAUGAUAUAGCUAUAAAAAGGGAUAAAAAUUAUAGAAAUAUUAUAAAUACAAAUAAUACGAACAGUAAUAAUAUUAAUAAUAAUGCAAAACAUAUGUGUAAAAUGAAAAGUCCAUAUAUAUUUGAUAUGAUAUUUGAAAAUAUAAAAUAUCCUUUUAUAGGAUAUAAUACAGGAGAAAAUUUAUACAAAUUAGAAAUAAAUGGACAAGAAAUAGAAAUAUCUGCUGAAUAUGAUAAAAGUAAUAAUAAAAUAUUUUCUACAUUUAAUAAUCAAACAUAUAUAUAUACCUGUUCUGAGGAUACCUUAGGUAUACAUAUGCAGCUAGAGAAAGAUAAUAUUUUCAUACCUAAUAUUAGGAAUCCAUAUCAUUUAAUAUCUAAUACUAAUGGGAAAAUUGUUAAAUAUUUAAUAAAUGAUGGAGAGGAGGUAAAAAAAAAUGACGAUUAUAUUGAAGUGGAAGCUAUGAAAAUGAUUAUGACUUUUAAAUCAACUGAAACGGGUAUAUUAAGACAUAAAUUGUCUGAAGGUACAAUUAUUAAAAUAGGAGAUUUAUUAGGAAUAAUAGAAAAAGGGGGUGAUGAUAAAAAACAUGUAAAUGAAGCUAAUGAAAUUCAAUAUUUUAAGGGUCAUUUAGAUUUAUCAAAUAAAUAUACACAUGAAUUGAUAGAUAAUCGUAGAAUACUUCCAAACACUUUGGAUGAUAAUUAUAAUAAAUCUUUUGAUCAUUCAUAUACCUUUACAGAUAAUAUGUCUUUACAAAAUUCUGAAGAUCAUUAUUUAGUAAAGGAUGAAAAAGGAAAAAAAAAAAAAAAAAAAAAUUUAUCUUCCAUUUUAAAUAAUAAUAUGGCAAGUAUAAAAACAGUAUCAAAUGACAUAACAGAUAAUAUAAAUGUGUUAACUGCAGAAACAUUAAGUGAAGAGGGUUUAAAAUUCGAAAUGCGUGAUGAUGAAAAAGUUGUGAAGAAAAAUGAGAACGAAGAAUAUAAAUCACAUAAUAAUUUAAAAGAAAAUAGUAUGGAUGAAUGUACUUAUGAAGAUGAUAAUUGUAUAUAUAUGAAAGAAGAAAAUCAAAAGAAGAAAUUAUAUAUGAAACAAAAUAGAAAGAAAAUCUUUCGUUUAUUUUCUAAUGAUAAUGAAAAAAUAACAUCUGCUUUAAAUUAUAUUAAUGAUAAAUUUCAUUGUGUAAAAAAUUAUUUGUCAAAUUUAAAUUUUUCUAGUGCAAAUUCUAUAUCAGAUUCGAAUGAUUCAUCUUAUCAAAAUAAUAAUAAGAAGAACAACAACAAAAUUAAUAUUAUGCAACAAGAUUAUUCGAAUGAAAAAUAUUCAAUAGGUGAUAGUAGUAUACAUAGGAAUGAUAAUAAUUUAUUUUUUGAUAAACAUUAUUUAAAGAGUGAAGGUAAAAAAGAUAAUGUCAAUAUGGUAAAUGAUACAAGUAAAAAUAAUAGUAUGAUCACACCAUUGACUGAAAAUUUGGAAAAUAAUAUAUCUACAGAAAUUAUGUCUUCUCGAAAUACAUCUAAUGAAAAAAUAUUACAUAAUAAUAUAUCAAAGGAUAAUACAAUAACUGACCGGAUAUUUAAUAAUAAUUCUUCUGAUGAUAGUAAUAUAAAUAAUAUUACAUUAUUUAAUAAUAUAUCAAAUGAUGGUAGUACAACAAAAACAAACAACAACAAUAAUAAUAAUAAUAUUAAAAAUAAUAAUUAUAGUAAUAGUAAUAAUUAUAGUAAUAAUUAUAGUAAUAAUUAUAGCAAUAAUGAUAAUAACUUUAAACGUUCCUAUUAUAUGGAUAAUACCAAUGAUAAUAUCUAUUGGAAUCAUGUUAAGAAUGAAAAGAGCAAAUAUUUUCUUGACAUUCCAAUUAUGAAAAGAAUAGAAUUUUUAUUAAAGGGAUAUCAACAAGAUUAUGAAGAAUGUUUUGAAAAAUUAAUAAAUCAUAAAGGUAUUAAAAAUAUGACAAAUUUGUCUGCAUAUAUAAAAAACAUAAAUGACAUAUUAGAUACAUUCAUACAAUACAAUAUUUUAUUUUCCAAAAAAGAAUUUAUUUCAGAAGUAGAUUUAUAUGAUAUAUUAUAUAAAAAUAUAAGAGAUAAGAAAAAACAAUAUGAAAUUAUACAUGCAUAUACAUACAAUGAUUUAAGUAUAAAAUUUAUAGAAAAAAUAUUAAAAUAUAUAUUAAAUAAUAUAAAUAAUAAUUUACCCUUAGAUUUAAUUUUGGAUAAAUUAAAAAUAUUAGGAGAAUUCAAAGGAAAAAUAUUUGGAAAUAUAAUUAUUUUAUCAAGACAUAUUUUAUAUUUAUUAGAUGGAUUAGAAUUAAUUGAAUAUUUAAAAAUUGCAUUAAAUUAUAAUGAUAAUAAAAACAUAAAUGGUACCUUAUCAAAUAAUAUGUUGCGUUUAUCUCAUUAUAUGAAAAAAAAGAAUAAUAAUAUUGAUUUUUCAAAAAUGAUGGAAUAUAUAAAUAAUAAAAAUGAUAUCAAAGUUGUAAACAUAUUUUUAAAAGGUCUUGAUAAUAGUUAUAUUCAUAUGUUUGUUCCACCAUUAAUUAAAUCAAAUAAAAAUUAUACACUUUUAAAAAUAUAUUUAAAUAAUUUAUAUAAAUAUUGUAAUAUUAAAUCUAUAUGGGUAACAAAUAAUAUAUUGAAAUUUUCUAUAAACAAUUCAGAAUAUAAUAAUCUAUUAAUAUGGAAUGAAUAUGAUACUAUUGAUAUAAAUAAAAUUAUUGAAUCAGAUAUAAAAAUAAAUGAUGAUAGAUAUUUUAAUAAUGUUCAUAUAAUAAAUAUAAAUAAUAAUAUGUGUGCAUAUCCUUCUCAAUCUUUUGAAGAUAAUAUAAAUAAGAUUUUACAAAUAUGUAGACAUUUAUAUAUAUAUAAUUAUGCAAAUAAUAAAUAUGGAGAUAUAUAUAAAUGGAAAAAAGAAGACAUAUCAAAAGGAUUAUCUAUAAAAUAUAGUCAAGAUGGAAGUACGCAUAACAUUUUACCUUUUGAAGAAUAUAUAUUUGGUAAUGAAAAAGAAAUAUUGGAAUAUUAUGAAUUAAAAAAUAUUAAUCAAGCCAUAUAUGAAAAAACAAAGAUAUUUCUUGGUACAUAUAAAAAUAAUAAUAUAAGUAAUAAUAUAAGUAAUAAUUAUACAUCUUUAUUUGGACACCGCAUAAUAUAUUUUAAUGAUCUAAAACAGAAAUCAAAUGAUUUUAAACAUUUUGAGGAACAUAAAUAUGAAGACGAUAAAUUUAUAUAUAAUAAAGAUAUACAUAAUAUUCUUUUAGAAUUGAAGGAAUCAUUAAAUGAUAUAUCACGUGCAAGAUUAAAUAAAAUGGUAAGAGAUAAUAAAAUAAGUAGUUAUAUAAUAUAUCAUAUUAUUGUUGAUGAUAUAAUGGAUAUUGAAACUAUAAAAGAGGCAUUUAAGAUAUUUAUGAUUAUAUAUAACGAAAUGAUAUUAGAAAAUUAUGUCAAUAAUAUAUUUAUAAAAAUAUAUCGUACUAAUAAAAAGUCAUGUACUCAAAAUGGACUUAAUAUUGAAUUUGAAAAGAUGUUUAAGCUUAAUGUAGUUUUAAAUAAAGAAGGUGUGAAGAAAGAAAAGACUGAUGGAUAUAAUAUGAAAGGUGAUAAUAUAAAAAAAAAUAAUAUAAAAAAUAAUAAUAUUAAAAAUAAUUAUAAUGACCACAUUGUUGAGGAAAUUAAGGAAUUUCCUUGUUUCCAAAUUGAUAGUUUAUAUGUGAAGAGAAAACGGGCUAGAGAAGUUGACACAUUAUAUGCCUAUGAUUUUAUUAAUCUUAUAAAUAUAUCCUUGAACAGAUUGAAUAAAAACAAAGAAGAAAAUAAAAUAUUUAAUUAUAUUAAUAAUAUCAAAGAAUUUAAACUAAAAAAUGAUCUUAUUUGUCCUAAUAGUAAUAAUAAUAGUAAUGGUAAUAGUAAUAGUAAUAGUAAUAGUAAUAGUAAUAUUCAUAAUUGUAAAAAUGAUUCGUUGAAUAAAAAAAAUGGAAAUAAUUCUUUGGAAAAAAAAGGAGACUUCCUAUUUGAACAUUUUGACAAUCUAAGUAAUUAUGAAAUAAAAAUAAGGAAGUCAUUAUAUUUAUCCGAUGAACUAGAUAUAGGACAGAACAAAAGGAGUGUGAUUGGUUUAUUGUUAAACAUAAGAACAGAUGAAUAUGAAGAAGGUAGAGAUGUAAUAUUUAUUAUUAAUGAUAUAAGUACACAAGGUGGAUCUUUUAGCAUAUUUGAAGAUGAAUUAUUUUAUGGUAUUUCUAGUUAUGCAAGAGAAAAGAAAAUUCCACGUAUAUAUAUAUCAUGUAAUUCUGGAGCACGUAUUGGUUUAUAUAAUUUUUUAAUGGAUAAAAUAAGAAUAGAAUGGAAAGAUGAACAGAAAAAAGAAUUAGGUUAUAAAUAUAUAUAUAUAACAGAAGAUGUAAAAGAAAAAAUAGAUAAAGAAGAUAUUAUAUUUUUAACUGAAAUUAUAGAAAAUAAUGAAAAAAGAUAUAUUAUUGAUGGAAUUGUUGGGAAUUUAAAAAAUCCAGUAGGUGUAGAAAAUCUCAGAGGAAGUGGAUUAAUAGCAGGAGAAACAUCAAAAGCAUAUGAACAAAUUUUUACAUUGUCUUAUGUUACUGGUAGAAGUGUUGGUAUAGGUGCUUAUUUAGUUAGACUUGGUAAAAGGACUAUCCAAAAAAAAGGCUCUUCACUUUUACUUACAGGUUUUAAUGCUUUGAAUAAAAUAUUAGGUGAAAAUGUAUAUGUAAGUAAUGAACAGUUAGGUGGUGUAAAUAUUAUGAUGAAAAAUGGAAUAUCUCAAAUUCAAGUUGAAAAUGAUCAAGAAGGUAUGGAUAUAAUUAUCCAAUGGUUAUCUUAUAUUCCAAGAACGAGUAAUGAUUAUUAUGAUUUAAUAAAUAAUAUAUAUAAACAAAAUUAUAAAAAUAUUUUACAAAAUAAUAACUUUUUAAUAACAAAUAAGGAAAACAGUUUAAAUAAAGAUAACAAGCCUUUUAUACAUAAUAAGAAAUAUGAAAAUUUAAGUACAUCACUUGAUAUUAAGAAUAACAUAAAAAAUCAGAUAAAUACCGAAACUAAAGUUAACGUGAAAGAUUCAAAUAUGAUACAAAAAGAUAGGAUUAACACACAAUCAAAACAAGAUCAAAAUAUGGAUGAAACGAAAGAAAUAAUUAAACAAAUAUAUAAUGAUCAAAAUAUGGAUGAAAAGAAAGAAAAAAUAGAACAAAUAUAUAAUGAUAAAAAUAUUAAUAUUACAAAUAAUUGCAAGACAUCCAAAUCAAUUCAUAAUUCUAGUAAUUCAUACAAUUUUGAACUUUUACAUAUUAAUGAUAUGGAUUACGAUAAUAUAGAUGAUUCUAAUAUUAUCGAUUUGAUCAAGGGGAAUCAAAAACAUCAAGGUUUCUUAGAUAAAAAUAGCUAUUUUGAAUAUAUGAAUGAAUGGGGAAAAGGUAUUAUAACUGGUCGAGGCAAAUUGGGUUCUAUACCUGUUGGUUUUAUUGCUGUUAAUAAAAAUUUAGUUACUCAAUCUAUUCCAUGUGAUCCAGCAUUAAAAACAAAUGCUCAAAAAUUAAUACAAGCUCCAUGUGUUUUUUUUCCUGAUAAUUCAUUUAAAACAGCACAAUCAAUUGAAGAUUUUAAUAAGGAGAAUUUGCCUUUAUUUAUUUUUGCUAAUUGGAGAGGUUUUUCAGGUGGAUCUAUGGAUAUGUUUUAUGGUAUCUUAAAAUUUGGAUCUAUGAUUGUAAAUCAGCUAGUCAAUUAUAAACAUCCCGUUUUUGUAUAUAUACCUAUAUCUGCUGAACUAAGAGGCGGGUCAUGGGUAGUUGUAGAUGAGACCUUGAAUAGCCAAAUUAUAGAAAUGUAUGCAGAUGUGAAUAGUAAAGGGGGGAUAUUAGAACCACCCGGAAUUGUUGAAGUUAAGUUUAGAUAUCCUGAUAUUCGGAAAUUAAUGCACAGUAUAGAUACAACUAUAAUUGCCUUAAAUGAAAAAAUGGCUAGAUGUCAAAAUGAUGAAGAGAAGAAUAAUAUAAAGAAAGAUAUAGAAACUAAGGAAAAAGAGUUGUUGCCAUUUUAUUUACAAGUGUGUCAUAAAUAUGCUGAUUUACAUGAUGUGUCAGAAUGUAUGAAGGCAAAGGGUGUAAUUCGAAAAAUAGUCCCAUGGAAUAAGGCACGUUCCUUUUUUUAUUAUCGCCUAAUGAGGAGAUUAUUAAUUAACAUAUUGAGGCGAAAGUAUGAGAACGAUUUAAUCAAAAAUGAAGAGAUAGAACAUAUUAUAAAUGACCUUAAUAAUUCAGAAGACGAUGACUAUAUUGUAUGCAAUAGAGUUUUUAAUAAUAAUAUAUUACGUAAUUUGAAAAAUGAUACCAAGGAUAUAAUAUAUAACAAAACAUUAAAUGAUUUUUUAAAAAUUUUUAAAAUGCUAUCACAGGAACAAAGGACAGAAUUUAUAAAUAAAAUAAAUUCGUAUGAAAAUUAA